AUCUUCCUUACGUCUCUAUCAAGAUGCGUUUCUCAUCCUAUGCUCUUCCCGUUUUGGCGGCCAACUUGGCCGCUGCUUUGCCUGCUCCUCAAGACAUUGACCUUGACAUGGUCAUUGCCGCACCUGAUCCAACAUCUUAUUCCGAGGCUGUUGGCGUUACUGCUCAGACCGUCACCCUUGAUCUCGCUGCUGCUGGAGCGGAGGCCACUGCAGCAAUCUCCUCCGUCAGCGUCGCCGCAGACGAUGUGCUGUCUUCGACUGCAGUCGUCUCCAAAAGAGCUGCCGCUACUACUGUCACUUGCGCGGCUCAGCCCACUGGAGCUGUCUCGGCCACCUCCCCGGAUACUCCUGAUGCUUUCCUCCAGGAUGACAGGUUCUCUUCAGCGGCGAACAGCGCUCCAACACCAAGUGGUUAUGAUUUGACUUUCAAGAACAAGCAAGCCUCAAAUAAUGCUGCUAAGAUUGGCUGCGUGUCGUUCAACAUGUACUAUGAACGCGAUCCUUCCCGUACGGCCUUCAUCGACCGCAACUUCGCUCAGACAGCUGACUGGUUCGGACANGAAAACCCUGAUUCUCCUUCUUGCACCAAUCCUCAAUCAGUCGUCAUGAUCAAGUGCGCCUAUUGGGGAGGUCCGCUUAGCGAGGCCAACGCCAACAACUUUGGACAGAUGCGUGGUGGCUUCAAUGUGAGCAUUGCCGGCUCCAACGGUUAUGUGAGCAACCAGAUUGCCACUCCUGCUGGUUUCAACAGUGCCGCUCCUUAUGGCCAGAAAGCCAUCAACGCACCUUAUGAUUUUCAAGGUUACAACACUAGUGCCUGGAACACCAGUCUUUGCGCCGCUUAUUGCGAUGCUCAGACUGCUUACAACAAGGCAACUGCCCCUAAGGAUGGCACUCCGUACAAGGUCUGCAACUUUUUCAACACAUACAUGCUAUACAAGAACCAGGCCGCAAACCCUAGCCAGAACAUUCCUAAGCAGGACAUGAUUCCUCAAGGACAGUACUGCUCGUUGUACACUGAGCCCUGGACACCGGACUACGCGACAAAUGCAGGACAGUGGAGAGGACAGGACCAGUAUGUCAUCAACUACAGCUACGGUUUCGCGAAGACCAACGGCGUAGUCGGUAGCCCAACCGCGACCACUACUACUGUUACCUCGGCUACAACAGUAGCCGCUACCAGCACUGUCCAAGUCAUCCAGACCAUCGAAAUGUGUGUAGCCAACCCGGCGCGCCAGGUCAAUGAGCGUUGCAAUGACGGUACCAAAUGCAAUCCAAGCACGCUUUGCUAUGUCACCCCAGAUUCUGAUACCUGCUUCUCUACACCUUUCACCACGAAGAGUUGGAUUUCGGCCGGUUGGUAUUUCCUCAACCACCAAUGCGUUCUAUACUUUGACUGCUGUGACGGACAUGGUGGCCCGGAGCCCAAGAGAUUGAAGUCUCGAGAUGAAAGCACAAUCUACACCAACCAGUCUGCACCAGAGAUCGAUGGAACCACCAUGAUGAUCAAACCAGGCUUCUCGAUCACCCUGUCUGAUGUUGCA